AUUGCCAUUGCCGGAGACCAAAUUUAUGGGCUACUGGAAAACGAAUCAUUUGGGGAAAUCACGCCGAAGACUCUUGUGCCCUGCCGAAACACAUCGUGUAGAAGUGAAGGGCCCCAUACAUUUAAACCUGCAGGGCUUCCCUCUGGAAAGGCACGAGGGCAGAGCCUUGAGUUUCACGGAAGAGCUGGCCUUCUGGAGCCUCCCUUUGAACCAGGUUAACUUAGUCUGCGAUGUGGCGUCUCAAGAGCGCGAAGACGGGACUUCGCUUUACGUGGCCACCUGCAAUCCCGUCUCCUUAUAUUCCAUGAACGCCUCUGGGAAAACCGGACACUGCAUGGACCUCUACGACCUCUUCCCGCGAACCCUUCGGGGCAUGUGGCAGCCCUUCGUCCGGCUGGCCCCCCUCGGCAGCCCCCUCCAAGGCCAGGUCGUUCUGCACGAAGAGCAGAAUCACAUCAUUUUAUUGGUGGACACGAACACGGGGGCCGUCAGCCGCCUCACCUUGUUACCGGAUAUCCCGGCGUCGCGGAAAGGAACAUCGUGGUGGGGAGGCAAUCCAGAGGAGAAGACAAGUCACAAAAUGUGCAAAGAAUUCGCCCAUAAGAAUUGGCUGGUGUUCUACAAAGAAGGAGGGAACUACCUUACCGUCAUGGAUGUCCUGGAGGGCAAUGCCCACACCAUCUCCUUGCCCAUCAGCCUCAAGUCUGUCUUUUUAGUGGCCGAAGACCGGUGGCUUUUGGUGGAAAAUAAAACGAACCAGAAGUACCUGCUGACUAAGCCAAUACAUCUGGCGGUGGAGGAGACCGGGGUGUGCCAAUUACACACGCUGACCGAGGAACCUGGGGAAACUGGAUUUGGGGUAACGACAGGGGUGGACACCUACGUGCCCCAGGCUGCCUCUCGGGAUCCGCUGUCUUCCGAGAACUUAAGCCGAGCCGUUGAGCAGAAAAUCAGUGCCCCCAACCGAAUAUUCUCCGGCCGGGAGGAUUAUGCAACAGUGGUGGUCGGAUUCCCAGAUCUCAUG